AUGUCAUCCCCAUCCGGCUCAUCUAUUUCAUGUACUACCAGCUCAUCUGUAUCAUCCAUUUCAUGCCCCUCCAGCUCCACCGAGUACACUGAACAUUUACACAUCGACCUCACGAAGGAUGCCUAUAGGGCUACCAACCAUAAAGACGAGUACACUCAAAUGACACUUUGGCUCGAAAGACGGGAGAAGAUUCUAUGGCACGACAACUUCGUCCAAUGGCGUCUCGUUGGUGAUCUUGCCCCGCAAGAAAUCUUACCUCCAGACAUGGAUUAUCAUCGCGCAAUCAAGAUGACUAAACACCCGACCAUUAAGUGUGUCCAGUUGGACCGCAUUGUGCGGGAGUAUGGCGCCACAUUUUUCACUGAAGCUUUGGCUCCACAACUCGAACGAGAGGCCGCUCACAUCAUUAUUCCCUUUGAUACUGUGGCUACGUUCCACAGGAUCAAAUUCAACUCAAUCAAUGCUCGGGGGAUCCAGGACUCGAGUGUCACCGUGGAUUCUGUCCAUUGUCAACCGUCACAAGAGGACAAGCGAGGGCAUAUGAUCCCUGCGCAUUUUGACACAGUUUUGGUCAACGAAGGGGACGGCGGGACAACAGGCGUGGAUGGUUACCGUGUUGCGCAAGUCCGUGUCGUCUUUACGCUAACAAAUCAAGCUUCGAAUUUGUUAUUCCGCGCUGGACCUGCACAACCACCCACCCACCUUGCCUAUGUGGAAUGGUUCACUCCAUUCCAGCAACCGGAAUCACACCAUGGGUUGUACAAAGUUGGCCGCUUGAUUCGUCAUGGAGAAGGUCUGGCAAGCAUCAUUGACAUAUCAGAUAUCCGUAGGAGCAUUCAUCUUAUACCUAAUUUCGGCGCAGCGGCACCUCUGACCGACAUGCUUAUUUAA